AUGCAUCAGAAAAGGAGGGAAGAGAUGGAGCAGCGACAACAUCGGAAGGAAAGAAAGCUGAAACAGCAGCUGGAAGAGCGCCUGCAGAAGAUCACGCCCCAUAGGGACACUGUCCCAGUUCCAGAGUUGUUGAACUGCAGGGAAUUCAGCAACAUCAGUCUUAACUCUAGUCUUAAUAAUGGCAGUUCGUUGCGUAAACGAAUCAAUCAUCCUUCGCUGCCGAGCAUCCCAAAUAUUAUUCAGACCAACAAUGUGGCUCGACGUUUCUCAGCUCAGUCACUGCCUGGCUUCCCUUUGGAUUCCUCAGAAGGAGAUGCAGAUAUGGAUGAUGAAGAAUUCCUGAAGAUGCACUCAUUCACCCGGCAGGAGCAAGGAUUGACCGAGGCACUGAAACUCCUGGCUAACAGUGACUGGGAGAUGAAGAGGAAGGGAUUGUCAAGUGUUCGACGCUUGGCUCGAUACCAUCAGGAAGUUCUCCUAACGAAGCUUCAUGCUGUCUGCUUGGCAGUGACAAAGGAGGUCAGUAACUUACGUUCCAAGGUUUCGCGCUCAGCGAUCUUGUCUCUCAGUGAACUGUUCUCUCAGCUGAAGAGAAACAUGGAUCAGGAAGUUGAUGAAGUGACCAGAAUACUGCUUCACAAGACAGGCGACUCCAAUGAGUUCAUCCGGGAGGAGGCAGUCAAGGCGCUGGCUGUUAUGGCAGAGAACGUGAGCCCAUCACGGGCAUUGACUGCCCUUAUCGCAGGCGGUGUAAAACAUCGUAACACCACUGUUCGGAAAUGUACCGCUGAAAAUCUGCUGAGUGUUGUUGAACAUCUUGGAGCUGAGAGACUCUUAUCGGGGACCAAGGAGAAUCUGGAUCAGAUUGUCCAAACAAUGGUGAAAUUCUCCCAGGAUGGGAAUCAGGAAACCAGGUUUUAUGGUCGGAAGGCACUGAACAUUUUGGUGUCCCACCCAGAGUUUGAGAGAUACAUGGAACGCUCACUUCUGUCUCAGGAAUUUCACCACAUCAUCACAGCUAUAAAACAACGGGGAGAUGCCUUUUCAGAUCCUUAUUCAACGAAGGGUAGAAACUCAAGGGUCAACAGCUCCUUAAAAUGUCAGGAGAAUAUACCAAACACUGGAAGGAUGGAGCUGGACACACCACAACAGCAAGCAAUGACGCCACGUCGAUCAAUCAUUCGGGCUACAGAAGCAGUGGAGCAGGUGAAGCAAAUGAACAAAUUGCUGUCUUCCAAAGAGUUCCAGGAGAGGACACAGGGCAUCUCACUGCUGCUCCAACAUUGUGAGACCAACCCAGGCUUCGUCACCUCCAACAUUGUGAAUAUAUUUGAUGUAUUCAUUCCAAGACUCCAGGACUCGAAUAAGAAAGUGAAUCAGUUUGCACUGCAGUCCAUGUCAACCAUGAUCCCAGUGCUGAAGGAUGAUUUGCACCGUGUCUUACAUUCGAUAGUCAUUGUGGUAACUGACAACUUGAACUCAAAGAACACAGGCAUUUACACUGCAGCUGUGCAUGUCCUCGAUACGUUGAUAGAUCAUACAGACAACUUACUACUCCUUCAGCCUUUCGCCAGCAGAGUGCAGUUCAUCAGUGGCCGUGCAAUGCAGGAUAUCAUAGAGCGACUGUCAGUCCUUGUGCCGCCUGUGUAUCGUCGAAAGCCUCAAGCAGUGGAGCGGUACGUUUUGCCUGUACUCUGGUACCUGCUGGGCAAUAUGACUGGGAACGGAGUGAUCAAGGGCGGAAGCGGGAAUGUGCGGGCAGUGACGGCCAAACUGGCAACCAGCCUGCAUCAACAGAUGGGCACUGGCCUUCAGGAGUAUGCAGCGAGCCAGCCAGCACAUGUCAUCAAAACACUGCGAGAACUGACUGAGAAGGAGCUUUAA